CAAAAGAUGUAGCAGCGUGCCAGAUGACUGCAUUCGUCAUUUAUUGUACUAUGAUAAAUGGACGUCAAUGUGGUAAAUAGAAUAACAGAUAAAUUUUGCUAGCUUCGUGAACAUGCAGCUUUAUAAAAUAUUCUUAGUUUUUUUAAUAUUCGGCUGUGCAUUUGCAAACUUCGAUGAUUUAGCCGAUAAUGAAUUUGCGGAAUUCGAAGAUUUUGAAGAGGAAAGUGAAACGGUUUUACUGAACGAAGAUGAACCCUCCGACAAAGAAAGUCAAUCUAACGACUUCAUUGACGAUAAAGAUGAAGCGUUUAUUAGUGAUGAGGAUGUGGACGAAGCUAUUGUAGAUGAUGAUGUUGAUUCGGAAUUCGAACAUUUUCAGGAUGUGGAGGAAUUUGAGGGGUUUGACGAAAAGGAUGACAAGCCUGUAACUGAACCAAAGAUAACGAUCGCGAAGGUACCAAUUAAUUUCCGGCAAAAUUGGGAUAGCUACUAUCUUGAAAUAUUAAUGGUGUUUGGUUUGAUGAUUUAUUUUAUGAAUUUUGCCCUGGGUCGAAGUAAAAAUACACAAAUUGCAAACCUUUGGUUUCAAACGCACAGACAAUUGCUAGAAGAAAACUUUGCACUGGUUGGGGAUGAUGGAAACUUGGAUAGGAAUGAAAAUGUUAACUUACUUAAAGAGAGUGAAAAUGUCUUUACUUUGUGGUGCAGUGGAAGAACCUGUUGUGAAGGAAUGCUAGUAGAACUAAAACUUAUUAAACGCCAAGAUUUGGUGGCAAUAAUAUCAGGAAUGAUGCGGCCAACACUCGAUCAACUUCACAUAACCAUAAAAAUGAACAAAGACGAUAUGGACAGUUUUGUCAUGGCUGUUGCUGCAAAAAAAACAGCUGCGAAUCUUGUAAAAGAUUUGGCUGAUAUUAGUGUUUAUUGUCCUGAAAGGAAGCUAGGGGAGAAAUUUAAUAUCCCAGCAUCAUUUAGUGUAAUGAGUGAGAUUGGCGAAGCUACUUCUGCAAUUUUAGACUCCAAAGUCACAGCAAUAUUGAACAAAUAUCCAGAAUAUAUAGAUUAUAUUCACUUCUCAGACCAAUAUUCUGGUCAUAAACCAACUGAGGAUACAUCAACUGCACUUAAACUACCUGACACUGAAAAAGUACUCAUGUUUGGAAUUAAUAUACCUAUUAAAGGGGUGAGCUUGGAAGAAGCUAUGAUACGAAUAAAACCAAUGUUAAACAUGGUUUUUUAUUGCAUGGAUAAAGUUAAACGUUAUCGCUUAUCAAAAGAAGGCAAGGUAAAGGCGGAUAAAAACCGGCAAAAAGUUGAAGAAGCUUUUCUAAAAUCAACACACCAUGCAAGAACUGAAGCUGCUGCAGCUCGACGUGAAGAGAAAAGGCGGAUGGAGAAAGAGAAGAUAAUGUCAGAAGAAGAUCCUGAAAAGCAACGUAGGUGGGAAAUAAAGGAAGAGAAGCGGCAGGCAAAGAAAAGGGCCCCAAAAAUGAAGCAACUGAAAGUCAAAGCCCUUUAAAAUAGCCUUACAACUUUUGUGUAAACAUUGAAUAAUUGUUUGAUCUCUAUAUUUUUAUUGUUCAGUAUCACAUCAGCAAGCACUAUGAAGACCAAUGUUGUAUGUACUUUCAUUAAACGAGUACUGUAUCAGGAUUCAAGAAUAAUUUAAUAAUCUCACCUCUUGUACUUCUAAACUUUAUUUUUGUUGUCGCAUUGAGAUUAUUAUAAUCUUUCAAUGAUGCACGUUUUUUUUGUGAAAUUAUGCAAUAAAAUAUUUACUGGUAACAAAAA